AUGGAAAGUGAUUUUGUUGAUGUUACACCUGAUGGAGGAGUCUAAAAGAGAAUUCUGACAGCAGGACAGGGAGACUCUCCUCAGACCAACUCAACUUGUAAAAUAUAUUUCUUGGGCACUUUGGAAGAUGAAAAGCCAUUUGAUUCCAAUUAAGGAUAAAGUAAGCCACACAAACACAUUCUAAAGAGAGGAGACCGAUGCAAAGGAUUUGAAAUUGCAUUGCAAUCUAUGAAACCUGGAGAAAAGUCUUAAUUCAAAAUAAGUCCAUAAUAUGGAUAUGGAGAAGAAGGAUGCAUCUUUAAGAAUGUUCCAAAAAAUGCUAAUCUGAAAUAUGAGAUCGAACUAUUGAGUUUCAAAUUGGAGAAAAAGAAAAGAUGGCAAAUGAAUCCAUUAGAGAAAUACGAAGAAGCACUUAAAAUCAGAGGAAAAGGAACAAAAUAAUUCAAGAAUUAGAAUUACUUUGAAGCCAAAGAAAAAUACAAAGAUGCAUUGACUUAUUGUGCUUUGGACACAAAAGAAGGCAAAGAAUUAAAAGCCAGUUUGCAAUUAAACUUAUCAAUCUGUUGUUUUUUGUAACAAGAAUACAAGGAAUCUAUCGAUUAUGCUAAAGCAGCCUUAGAAACUAGUUCAAAUAAUUAAUAAAAUGUAAAGGCUUAUUAUAGAAGAGCGAUUGCAUUGCAAUAAAUAGGAGAAUAGGAGAAAGCAUUGGCAGAUCUGAAAUCCGCUUAUAAUUUGGAUCCUUAAAAUACAGCAGUUAUUGAGGAACUCUAAAAAGUGAAAGAACAUCUGAAGGUAGCCUACUCAAAAGAGAAACAAUCUUGGUCUAAAUUAUUUAAGGAAAGGGGUGGAAGUUAAUAGAAGCAAUAAGUGGAAGAAUCAUGCUAAACAUAGGAAAAUGAAAAAGAGCCUUCUGAGAAUGUUGAUAGUAAGGAUAACGCUAAUUAAUAUUCCUAAGACAUUCUCAAAUAGGAAGUACCAUAAAUGAGUUCAGCAUUUUCAUAGGAGAAAGAGAGUAGUAACCCUAGGGAUUCGGAGGAAUAAAAUAUUUAGGAGUGA